AUGGAGAAGCUGUUGACACGAUUGACUACAGCACCAGUACUCAUCCUACCGGAACUAGGUAGAGACUACGUGGUGGAAGCAGACGCUAGUGACCAGGCAGUCGGAGUAGUACUGAUGCAGGAUCACGGACGCGGGUUGCAGCCCACGCCUAUUCUCAGAUACCUCAAGUCGCAGCCCAAGCUCUCACGGCGACAGAUCUUACUGGAGGAGUUUCACGACGUGGCUUACACGGGACAUUUUGGGAGCAACAAGACGUUAGCAGGGAUAGCAAAGUAUUACUACUGGCCCCGGAUGGCAGCAGACGUACAGCAGUUCGUCACCUCAUGCGACACGUGCCAGCAGAUGAAGAGUAGCAAGCAGAAAAAAGCAGGGUUACUUCAGCCUCUACCCGUACCGGAGCAGCCAUGGCAAGUCGUUAGCCUAGACUUCAUCACUGAGCUUCCUUUGACCUGA